AUGGCUCCAACAAGAUACGCCGUCGUAGGCACCGGAGGCCGCGCCGCCUUCUUUUACAGUGCCAUAGUCCGCGAUUUCAAAGAUACCGCUACUCUUGUCGCCUUUUGCGACACAAACCAGACGCGGAUGGAUGUCGCCAAUGGCCGAGUACAAAAGCUAGGAAUGUCGCAACUGCCAACAUACAAAGCCGCCGACUUCGAUCGUAUGGUUGAGGAAACGAAGCCCGACACCAUAAUCGUGACUACGAUUGAUCGAGCACAUCACACCUACAUCGUCCGGGCUAUGGAACUUGGCUGCAAUGUGCUCAGUGAAAAGCCGAUGACAGUGGAUGAACAGAAAUGCCAAACGAUCCUUGAUGUCGUAAAGGCCACCAAUCGUCAAUUACGCGUCGCUUUCAACUACCGAUACGCACCCCACAACACUAAAGUCCGUGAACUUCUGAUGGACGGUGCCAUUGGCAAAGUUACCUCUGUUCAUUUUGAAUGGAUGCUCAACACCAGACACGGCGCGGACUACUUCCGCCGUUGGCAUCGGGAUAAACGCAACAGUGGCGGAUUGCUCGUUCACAAGUCCACUCAUCACUUUGACUUGGUCAACUUCUGGCUGGGUAGCAAGCCCACUACUGUAUUUGCACAGGGUGACUUGAAGUUCUAUGGUAAAGAGAAUGCUGAACUUCGUGGCGAGACCAAGUUCUAUUCCCGAGCCCAUGGCAGUCCCGCCGCCGCCAACGAUCCGUUUGCUCUACACAUGGAAGAACACACACAGCUUAAGGCCAUGUAUCUCGACGCGGAGCAUGAAGAUGGCUACUACCGUGACCAGAGCGUUUUUGGGGAUGGCAUUAACAUCGAAGACACAAUGGGUGCGCUGGUGAGCUAUCAGUCCGGUGCAAUCUUGACAUACAGCUUGGUCGCCUACUGCCCUUGGGAAGGAUUCCGGGUCUGUUUUAAUGGCACCGGUGGUCGACUGGAGAUGGAUGUACUCGAGGAAUCAUAUGUCAAUGCAGGUGGAGAACAGGGGAAGGAAGGCGCCGUGGCACACACGAAAAUUACGGUACAUCCUAUGUUUGCGCCACCUUAUGAGGUGCCGGUUGUUGAGGGAGAAGGUGGCCAUGGCGGUGGAGAUCCCGUGCUACUCAACGAUCUCUUUGGAGCUCCUGUGCCAGACAGACUGAAUCGCGCUGCAUCACAUGUUGAUGGGGCUAUGUCCAUUUUAACGGGGAUUGCAGCAAAUAAGGCAAUUCGUACAGGGCAAGUGGUGCAGGUGAAAGACUUGGUACAGUUCUGA